GACAACAUACAGCAAUUAGAAUACAAGAACUUCUUUUAGAUAUUUUAGAUAAUACAAAUAUUAGUAGCAAGUUAUUAGAACUUACAACUGAUAAUGCAAAAUCAAUGAUAGCUAUGGGUCAUGAUCUUAAAACUGAAUUAGCUUCAAAAGGAAAUAAAGAAUUAAUUCAUCAAUGA